AUGGCAACUCCGUUCCCCCAAGGAUGGUCAAGACCCAAAAUGAAACUCUACGAGGGCGACUCCGACCCGACUGAGCAUAUCAACUUCUUCGUGAGAGUCAUGCAGUACGCAGGAGCCAGCGACCCGAUCUACUGCCGUUGCUUUCCGGUGAGUCUGGGGAAGGGCCCAAUGAACUUGUUCCAGAACCUCCCCAACAACUCCAUUCACAGCUGGGAAGGAGUCAUGUCAAGCUUCCUGUCUCAGUACUCCUCGAUGAGGAAUAUUCCGAAAUCAGAGGAGACCUUGACCUUGAUUAAGCAGGGCGAGAAGGAAUCCUUGAAGGCUUUCCUUAAUCGCUUCAACAAGGAGGCGAGAGACAUUCCAGACCUGCUUCCCCAGGUCCGUCUGAUCCUGGUACGACAAGCGCUCCGACCGGGCCCUUUCUUGACUUCCCUAGACGGGAAGAAAGCAAAGACGCUGGAGGAAUUUCAAGUCCGGUCCGAGAAGUACAUCAACAUGGAAGAAGCGGCAACAUUGUCAAAACCCUACUCAUAG